GUGGCUAAGAAGAAAGCUCCCAGUGGGCAUUCGCUGCCCCUCCCAUAUAGAAGGCACCUUUCCCUGAUGAAGAAAGGGAAGUAUCCAGGCAUUUCCAAGCACAAAUCCUCCUCCUCAGCCUCUACUCCUCCAAUUAACUCUUUUGAUCUGGAGAAAUUAGGGGAGAUAUCAGUGAACUGUGGUAUCCAAGACCCGGUUGAUCCCCUAGAUCUGCUAGAUAUCCAAAACAUGGAGAUUCAAGGGGCCCCUCCUCUCUGAGAGCCCCCUUUUUUCCUCAAGUUGUCCUUCUACUUGUUUUCCAUGCGUAUCGGAUCUUGGAACGUUAGAGGGUUAAACAACCCAGCUAAACAUAGGUUGGUCAGGGAUUGUAUGGCUCUAACUAACGUCAACCUUGUGGGUCUGCAAGAAACCAAACUCAUCUCCCCUAGUCCCUUCUCUCUUAGAAAUUUAGGGGGAGGCAAAUCUCCUCCUGGGUCUCCCUUGAUGCUUCCGAUUCUAGGGGGGUAUUCUUCUUGGGUGGAAUGACGAUAUUUUCUCUUGUUCAUUCUCAUCAUCUGAUAUCUUCUCUGUUUCGGUCACCCUCACCCACAAACCUUCCAACUAGAGUUUUGUUGCCACCUCCAUAUACGCCCCUUGUGAUUCGGUGGAUAGGGAAGUAUGUUGGUGGGAACUGGAUAGGAUUAGAGCUUCUCAUGCCUUGCCUUGGGUGGUUUUCGGGGACUUCAACAUGAUUUUAAGCUUUGAGGAAAGAAGUGGUCGUUCUGGUUCUCUUAGAGAUAUUGAAGUUUUCCAUCAGCUCUUCGAUUCCAUUCAUCUUAUAGACCUCCCCCUCAGUGGGAGAAAAUUUACAUGGUUCAACCACAGAUCCCCUCCAUCGCUCGCUAGACUGGAUAGAUUCCUUGUGUCGAUAGAUUUUGAAGCAAAAUUUCCUCUUCUUGUUCAAUUUGCCUUCUAGUCUCCAUGUUCGGAUCACUGUCCUAUCAUGUUGGACACAAACUCCCCUUUGAAUCUCCCCCUCUUCAAAUUUGAAAAACGGUGGUUAAUUAUCCAUUCUUUUCCUCCCUUCAUAGUAUCUUGUUGGAACUCCCUCUAUCUGAAGGGAAAUCAUCCUCCCCCUCUCCGCUUUAAGCUUAAACUCAUUAAAAAUAGAAUCAAAUGGUGGAAAAGAAACUGUUUUGCUUCCAUAUCUCAGCUUCUUUCUAAUAAUAUGGCCCGUAUUGACUCUCUUAAUCUCUGUGAAGAGUCUAGAAGCCUUUCUCGUCAAGAAUCUCAGCAUAGAUCUUAUCUGAAGGAUCAGCUCCUCUCUCUUGCUAAAGCUGAAGAGAUUAAAUGGAAACAAAGAUCCCGUAUUCAAUGGUUAAAAGAAGUGCUGCCUUGGGGGAUUUAACGGAUCUUAACUUGAAGGGAGAGCUAAACUCCAUCAGAACUAUUCAGUUCGCUGAUGACACCAUCAUUUUCAGUGCUGAAGAGGACAUGCUUGCAAGGAGACUUCAUAGGGCAGCUUUUAACCUUGGUCUUCAAGAGCUCGCUAAGAAGAGUGCCCCAGAUGCCUCUGGUGACAACUUCCUUGCCGAUCUCUAGAUUUCCGCUGCUAGCCAUGUUCCUUGGUCGUUGCUUUUUCUUUUUUCCAGCUAGAUUUCAUUUGUUGUUAGAAGAAAUCCUCAAACUAAGUUGUUAUACCUUUUGUGAGUUAUAGACAGAGUUUACCAGUGGUUAGUUGUUUUUGUCUUUUAGUUGGGGGAAAUGCAGUGAGAUUUAGUUUGGUAGGUGACGACAAAUGUCCGCUCAUUGCCCGCUUCUUCUACCGUGUUUUCCCUCUCUGAAAUGAUGUAAUCUCUUUUCCUGUAUCAUGUUAAUAUAUAUAAAUAUGAAUAGGACAUCUCACCCUGUUUUUCUGCUAAAAAGAAAACCAUCCAUGGAUAUCCUUUUCCUCAUAUAAACGGACUGAUAUCCUGUCUCUUGACGGUGAUUAAUUUGCUAACACUGGACUGUUAGGGGCUGUUUGUUUGCCAAAAAAGAAGAAGAAAACUAGCCGCCAUGUCACCUUUGAGGAAAUCC